AAGUCUGUGGUUUUACAAACUUAUGCAAAGAGCAACAGCAAAUACACAGAACGCUAGUCUCUACCUACCAUACGUCAAGGCAAGCACCAUUAGUAUGGACAGAAUUCAGGCAGGAUGGGGACAGAGAGGUUAGAAAGGGUAACGUGAAACUGAACGAGGAGGCGUACAAGGUGAAGGAGAAGACAGGAACAAAAAGGACUACAGGUAGAGUAAGUUGCAUAGAUAAAUUAACUGAAGAGAUGGCUGUAGAGAUAAAGCAGAUGAAGUGCAGGAUGAGUUAAUGAGAAUAAUGGAAGACUGGAGACAGAUAUAAAGUUACAGGGAAUGCGGGUAUAGAACACUCAGGAGAGAAACUAUAAGGGUAAAAUGUAGAAGAGUAUUUCACAAAAAUCAUUCAAAGUUAGGCAUUACAUUUUGACUGAUUAAAAACAUCACUGAGGCAGCCAUAAAGACAAGGCAAUUCAAGAUCUGGAGCCAGUCCAAGGAUUCUGCUGAUAUACACCCUACUGGGUCUUCCUCUGGAUAUACCAUGAAAUGAUUCUCAAUAUUACAACUUACUACUCCAGGGUCACCGUAACAUCAAGGCGAUGCAUUUCCAUAAACCUUGCGAUCAGAUGCUGAAUAUCAAGGACAGAUCUGGACUCCAAAAUAGUGUCCUAAUAUAGAAUCAUGCCCCUGUGUCCUCCUCCUACGGCCCAGACUGAUGAUACACGUUUGCAAACCUUAAUGGGAGAACACAGUAUACAAGACGACAUGGACCUUGCUUGGCAGGAGGUCCUGUCAAUUGCUGAACUACAGGACCUGAGUGUGCAGAACAAUUCUGUAUAUGACACUGGUGGGUAUGAAACUCAAGCACCCAUAAUGCCAUAUCCUGGAUACGGGAUUUGCCAUUACCCAGAUGCAUUCGUGACUAACCCCAACCAUAACAUUCCAACGUAUGACCGUUCUUAUGCGGAUACAGUACCAGCUCAUCCUCAGCAUCUGCCAUCCUUACCAUUGGGCCCAGCAUUAGGGCCCACAGCUUACACAGGCAUGCUUAUCUCAUCCAGCAUGACUCAGAUUAGUGCACAUGGACAUUGCCCAACAAAGAAUAUACCUUCAAGUGGGCUGAUGUGUGCACCCAUCAUGGAGCAUACAUCCAUACCAGAUGGGGCUAUGACAAAAGUUCUGAGUUUGCACCAGCCAUGCAAGGGCCAAGAUGACUUUGAGUCAGAUUCAGGCUUGUCUUUGAAUUUUAGCGAUGGAGAGUCCAUGGAGUUGGAGAAUAUGGAAUCACAAAGACUGCGGACAGAAUAUUUAGAAAUGCUUCCACCACUGAACUUUCAAGAUCAGUAUGGGUUGGCCCAGACUAUCACACAACCAUACAUGAGUCAAAUAUCUGAAACGCAUUCAUUUAAUUCAGCUCAAGACCUUGUGUGUACUCGGGAUGAAUUAAGAGCAGCAGCUAUGAAUAUUCCUUUUCCUACAGAAAGGAUUGUUAACCUGCCAGUGGAGGAUUUUAAUGAGCUUCUUUCUCACUAUACAUUGACAGAAGCGCAGAUGGCACUGGUCAGAGAUAUAAGGAGACGGGGCAAGAAUAAAGUAGCAGCUCAAAACUGCCGCAAACGUAAGAUGGAAAACAUUGCUGUCCUGGAGAAGGAGAUAGGGCAACUGAAAACAGAACGUGAAGGACUGAGAAGAGAACAAGAGGAGGUGGGAAAGUUAAUGGGAGAUCUGAAACAGAGUCUGGCACUUCUUCACCAAGAAGUAGUUAGUGUUUUAAGAGAUCAGGGAAACCAUCAUUACCAGCUGGAGGACUUUAUGCUCACUCAAGAAUCUGGCAGCACUCUGUGCCCCAUCCCUUUAACAGAAGAGACUAGAACACAAUACUGAGUACCUUAAAAAAAAGGUAGCUGCAAAGCCCCAUUCAAGAAUUAUAUGUGACAUUUUAUUUAACAAAGAAAGAGAAUCAGCGCCACCAGCAGCAAUGGAGUCUAUGUUAGCGGCAAAUAAUGCAAACAAUGUUUCAUAAAGCCACAAAACAGCUUUCAGAUAAGUAUGAAAAUUAUUAAACUGUACAAAAAAAAGUUGCAGCUGAAAUGUUUUUGGAUAUAGUCAUUUGUAACCUUGUAAAUAAAUCUGGAUUAAGAGC